CUUCUGCGCUUCGCCUCGAGCUCGCGCUGCCCCCGCCCAGCCUCUCGCGGAUGUUCGCCGCUGGAUUCGGCCACACGGCCCUGCUCAGGAGCGACGGCACCGCCGUGGCCUGCGGCUCGAAUAGUUUCGGUCAGUGCGACCUCCCGGCGCUGGUGGGGGGCCUGACCUACACGCAGGUUGCUGCUGGAGCGAUCCACACGGCCCUUCUCAGGAGCGACGGCACCGCCGUGGCCUGCGGCUCGAAUAGUUUCGGUCAGUGUGACCUCCCGGCGCUGGUGGGUGGCCUGACCUACACGCAGGUUGCCGCUGGAUUCGGACACACGGCCCUGCUCAGGAGUGACGGCACCGCUGUGGCUUGCGGCAAGAAUUUUUCCGGUCAGUGCGAUCUCCCGGAACUGGUGGGGGACCUGACCUACACGCAGGUUGCCGCUGGAGAGUCCCACACGGCUCUUCUCAGGAGCGACGGCAUCGCCGUGGCCUGCGGCCAGAAAUUUGACGGUCAGUGCGACCUCCCAGCGCUGGUGGGUGGCCUGACCUACACGCUGGUUGCCGCUGGAGAGUCCCACACGGCCCUGCUCAGGAGUGACGGCACCGCCGUGGCCUGCGGCGAGAACAUUGGCGGUCAGUGCGACCUCCCGGCGCUGGUGGGGGGCCUGACCUACACGCAGGUUGCUGCUGGAGAGUCCCACACGGCCCUGCUCAGGAGCGACGGCACCGCCGUGGCCUGCGGCAAGAAUCUGUGCGCUGAGUGCGACCUCCCGGCACUGGUUGAGGGCCUGACCUAUACGCAGGUUGCCGCUGGUGUCGGCCACACAGUUCUGCUCAGGAGCGACGGCACCGCCGUGGCCUGCGGCACAAACAUUUGCGGUCAGUGCGACCUCCCGGCGCUGGUGGGGCGCUUGACGUACGUGGCGCACCUGCUCCCAGCGCUGCUCCUGCAGGCCCUGCCCGACGGCGACUCCAUCCGCUUCCUGACCCUCGGCGGAGCCGAGCUCUGCAGGGUCGGCCCUGGACCCCCCGCGCUCCUGACGGACGUCCACGGCCGGCUGGCGGCGCAUCGGGCGGGCAGGCUGGGCUCCGCGACCCCCGGCGGGGUCGACGUGGUCCUGCCCGAUGGCCGGCUGCUCAGCCGCGCCGCGGCGGGGGAGACGGUCGCCGGCGCCUUCGCACCUGGCCUGCCCAGCUGA